AUGGCAGACUCUCUCUGUAGCCUGUUCCAUCUCUCUCCCAUGACUACUACACAAACAAUCAAAGAGCGAGGCAAGUGGGCAAACAAGAAGGAGUUCAUCCUGUCUGUGACCGGUGCUAUUAUUGGACUUGGAAAUGUGUGGAGAUUUCCAUAUCUUUGCUACAAGAAUGGUGGUGGUGCAUUCCUCAUUCCUUAUGUCCUGUUUCUUGUUACCUGUGGCAUUCCUCUGUUCACACUGGAGACAGCACUGGGCCAGUACACCAGUCUGGGAGGAAUCAUGUGCUGGAGGAAGGUGUGCCCCUUGUUUGAAGGAUUGGGAUACGCAAGCCAAAUCAUCAUUUUGUAUGGUGGCAUCAGCUACAUGGUGAUUUUAGCCUGGGCAUUUCUCUACCUUUUCUCAUCCUUCUCCAGCAAGCUGCCAUGGGCCACCUGUAAUAAUACAUGGAAUACAAAUUCUUGUGUGGUACUGAACAGCCAUAAUUCCACUGCCAACUGGACCUCGCCUGUGAAUGCAUCAUCAUCUGUAACAGAGUUUUGGCAUCGACGGGUGCUGAGAAUCUCAUCGGGCAUAGACUCCCUGGGAGACAUACAAUGGGACCUUUCUUUGUGCCUUCUUCUGGCCUGGAUCAUCUGCUACUUCUGUGUCUGGAAGGGAGUGAGAUCCUCAGGAAAGGCUACCUACUUCACAGCCACUUUCCCCUUCGUAAUGUUGGUGGUGCUUUUAAUUCGGGGGAUUACCCUUCCAGGAGCCCUGCAUGGCAUCAAGUACUACCUUUACCCAAGUCCUGGACGGCUGGCUGACCCACAGGUUUGGAUGGAUGCUGGAACACAAAUAUUUUAUUCGUAUGCUAUAUGUUUGGGAUGUCUCACAACGCUUGGGAGCUACAACAAGUACAACAACAACUGUUACAGAGACUCCUUCCUACUCUGCUUGUUGAAUAGCGGGACAAGCUUCCUAUCUGGCUUUGCCAUUUUCUCAAUUCUGGGCUACAUGUCACAAAAGCAAGGUGUUGACAUUUCUUCAGUUGCAGAGUCAGGUCCUGGCCUUGUGUUCAUUAUCUACCCACAAGCUGUGACCCUUCUGCCUUGGCCUCAGGCCUGGUCUGUGUGCUUCUUCAGCAUGAUCAUCUUGUUAGGAAUAGACGGUCAGUUUGUUGGGCUCGAGUCCAUCAUGACAUCCCUUGCAGAUGUCUUCCCAUCCCAGAUCCGACAAGGGUACCGCAGAGAGCUGCUUCUGAUGCUGGUCUGUGUUUGUUGCUAUACACUUGGCCUGGUAUUAGUGUCAGAGGCUGGCGCAUACAUUCUGCAGAUCUUUGAUCACUAUGUAUGCAGUGGUCCCACUCUUCUCCUGAUGGCGGUCUUACAGUCACUGGUCAUUGGAUGGAUUUAUGGUGCUGAACGCUUCAGUGACAACAUUGAGGACAUGAUUGGGUACAAGCCUCUGCCGCUUUUCAAGUACUGCUGGAUGUAUGGCACCCCUGCUAUUUGCUCUGGAACUCUUGUCUUUUUGCUUCUGAGAUACACCCCCCUGAGGUUCAACAAGACCUAUGUUUAUCCUUGGUGGGCGUACGGUAUUGGAUGGUUUUUGGCCAUGUCAUCUGUUGUAAUGAUUCCAUUGACCAUGGUCUUCAAACUGGCCAAAGAAAAAGGGACUCUGUUGCAGCGUAUCAAGCAAAGCCUUAAAGCAGCAGAUGACCUUCCAGUGAUGGCAAAGGAAAUGGCAAGUUUCAGAGUCCCACUGAAUGUUCGUGAUGAUAAUAAAAAUGGCAAAAUGUAAUGAACAGCCGGAUCACCCUUACAAGGGGAGUUUAUACAACAUUAAGGCUUUAUACCAAUCCUUUUAUUUUACAAAUAUAUAUAUAUUGAUUUCUAUACAUGGUGGUAGUGCUCAUUUAUGGUUAUGUGUUUCAGGUGAGGUGAACUGUGGCUUUAGUGUAUUGAAUGUGUAAUAGUGUUUUAUAGAACGUCACAUUUUGUAUGAGAUUUUUACAUUUAUUUAGCAACCAACAACACUACGCAAUUAAAAGAUUAAAUAGAGUAAUGGUGUCCUGAGUAGAGAGAAAUUAAAUUUCCUCCUGGUAUGUUUUGUAAUCUGAGCUUUUCAUUUCUAAGUAGCAGUUUAUCAUAUUUUAUACAAAUGCAUCACAGUAAAGUGACAGAAGGUUCUUUUGUCUGUUGGUUCACUUGUACCAUAGACAGCAGGGCACUUUGUAGUUCUUAUAUUUCACUUAUGGCUUAUAGAUGUAUACAGUAUUGCAUUGUCUGUAAUCAUCUGCUUCUGGAUUUAUCUAGCACAAAAUACCCAGAUCUUUUCCCUCUCAGUGCACUGGGCCUGAGUCACUUUUCUUUUUAAUCUAAUGACAGUAUGAUGUCGUCUAGUGACACCAUUAGGGGAUCUAUGGUGUCUGCAUGUCCCAGCCGUUUUAUAACAAACACAAAAUCGUAUUGCUGUCUAUAGGCAGGGCAUUACUAUAGCUCCACAUUGUUAAGAUAGUUACUGUUCACAUCACUUGUUAUUAAAUAAACUUGCUAACACUUUGAAAUAUACAUAAAUUCAUGU